UGAAACCCCAUCUUCUUUUCUCUUUUUCUGUAACAGCUCUCAUUCCCACAAACUGUGAGUAUCCUCAUCCAUCCGCGAAGUGUUUCCACCCAGAUGACAGACAGAGAGUGUUCCUGACAAUGUCUGAGUGUUGGUUCAAGAACUUCCCAAGAAUCAAAAUUUUUCCAAUUUUUCCAAUUCCAACACCUUCGCGAACAAUGUCUGGCCGCCGCCGAGCUUCUCGUGGACGUCCCCGCGACACCUCUGGUCGCUUUCUGCCGGCUUGUGGAGCAGGGGCGCCACCACCCGCGCCAGCGCCUCCACCCCCCUCAGCCCCGCCACCGCACCCGAUCUUCGGGCCAGCAGCCAACCCCGUUCCUCCCCCAGGCCAGCCCCUGGCUCCCAGCACCGCAGUCCCGCCCUUUUGUGGUUCGGAAGAACGUACGACCGUCGGAUAAUAACGCGGCCGCUUCCGAACUUGCUUACGAAUGUAAAGGGGCCAUAGCGGCCACCAAUUAAUUUAGUGUACGGUAUAUAAGAAGCCGGCGUACGCCUGUAAUCGUACGCUGGCUUAAGCAACCUUUGAAUCACACUUUGCUCUCCCGGUGCUGCCAGUGCGCCCUGCGGCCCCACGGGCCUACGACCACCCCCCCCCUACCCGCACGAUCUCCGACCAGGCAUAGGCAAAUAUACCUAGGUUCCCUAUCAACAGUCCUCGCGCCGCGCCACAUUUCCCCAAUCCCAUCAUCAAUGGGAGAUGGGUCCCCAGGGACCCGCAAAAUCCGGGUAAUCAAGGCAAUGCAAAUGCCAUGAAUUCGUGACGGGAGUUGGCCUGGGCAGAUGAGCCCCCUCUCCGCGUCUCAAUUGUUGCCGGGCUGGAUACUCCAGCACAACUGGGGAAGCGGACACAGCUUCGGGAGGGGUAUCUGGUUAUACGCGCAGGUGGCCAGCCCCCAAGGCCCUGCCGCAACUGCGCGCGCCCUGGUGUCCGGCUCCCUUGGAGUCUGUGCAUUUCUGGCGGCACUUGUUCUCUAGAUAGGCCUUGAGAACAGGCCAGCGGGAUCUCUCAUGAUCAUUCCCUAGAUGGUCCAGCCAGUCCUUGGCUUCAGUGUAGUAGAGGCCUGUCAUCGCGUAGGUGACAGCUUCUUCAUCUUCCAUUGUCACACAGCCUGGCUUGCGAGUCAAUUUCAAAUGCAAACUUGCAAAAGCUUUUAUAGGUUGUGGUUCUGUAAGUGGCCUUAAGUGGUCGCGGCUUAAGAAAGUUUCUUUUCGGUUCAUGGGCGUCCCUGGAGGUCAUGUCUAGGGACUCGGUUCGAGGGUGUUUGCGGGCAGCAAGCAUUUCUUGUAGAAAGAUAGCUUGAUCCCGCGGGAGGUGCUCAAGGAUAUUCUUCACUUAGAUUGGUUCGUUCGUGGGUUCGGAGGGUUCCUCUGUCACAGAUGCAGAGAAUGGCCUCCCGCGAGUGAUUGGUAAGUCCUCUGGGACUUCUUUCACAGAGGUUAUUCAUGGUUCGGGUUGCUGCUCCUGAGUGCCUGCAGUAGGGUUCGCAGGGGUUGAAGCACGCGAGUUUCUAGUCCUUCCAGUCAUAACGGGCGAUUGCUGACUGACAGAGCUUGAAAGGGAAGAAGUGCUCGCAGGCGAUUAUUCGGGUGUUUGCAGGUUGGCGUGAUAUGUACUGUUAGCUACUAGAAGUAUUCGCGGUAGGAAGAUCAAAUGUAAAGGUCAAAUGUAUAAUAGCAUUGAAGCUCAGUUGUGAAGAGUAGUCGCGAACUCCAGUCUAUAUAGUUGUGUGUAGCCAAGGGCUGCUAACCCUAUUGGUUACGCGAGAAAUAGGAAUAAGGGUAAAGGAUCCGCGAGGGGCGCCAUUACGGAGGUAGUUCGGAGGUCCGAAUUGGCUUCCAGCCGGAGCUGUACUCACCCCACCCGCCUCGACAAGGCUUCGGACACCGGCCGGGACUACGGCCCGGUAAGGAUUGGGUAUCACCCCGCCCCUCAGUGGGAACUUUAAUAUACGCUAUCGACAGACCUCAACCGGAACCGGAGCCCGCGAGGGACUCCGGGAUUCCGACACCCGCCGCGAGACCCGCUUCUCCGGAAUGGAGGGAAGGACAGGCGGCGGCAGGUGCUCGAGCCCGCCGUGGAUUGAAGGGCCCACCGGGUUCUCCGAUGAUGCCCUUAACCAUACGUGGAAGGCUCUAUCCGACAUGGAACUAAGGGUGUUUGGUGGACGACCGCGGAGGAUCGAGAAAACCGGGGGUCGAGGGAAACUGGGCCACCUCAACAUAGGAAACGGGCGGGAUUUUUCCGUCAUUGGGCCUGGAAAAGUGGGACUUGGUCGUUUUGCUCUAUUGCCAUGGUCACCGGCGUGGGAUACAUACGGCCCUGUCUAUCCGGCUAGGACUGUGGUCCGGCCGGAGUGCGCGAGCGGCAACAUCUCCGCAGGGCGUCGGAGAUGCACCGCGCCUCCAUCACAGCCGGACUUUGUUCCCGGCCAGGAGGUUUUCAGGUUCACUCCGCGCCCUGUUAACGGUCUCCGGGAGCAUCGCGCGAUGUUCCGGCCUCCUGCUGACACUUCUCACCCGCCGGCCGCCCUCGCGCUACUGCCCGGGCGUGUCAUCGGACAACUCUCCCUCUCCGGAGCACCAGCCCGGUCAAAGGUCCGGACACCCAACUGUACCCUGGCAAACGGGCACCCGGGGCGUGACCCGGUGUUACACACUUUCGCGGGGAGCCCUUCGCGCCGGGCUGGCCCGCGCCGGUGUAGACGGGCCGGAGGACUACGCUCUCUGAUUAAGAGCUUUAACCGGACCGUCCUGAAAGCCCCUGGGUACGUCAAGGCCGGCUUCGGGCGCCGCGCCGGCCCGGACCACUUGCCCGGCUGGUUUCAACACCCGCUCGCGCCUCCGGCCCGGGACUACUUUUAACCCGCCCUGGCUAAAGACGCCCGGAGCGUCACGCGCCAUCCCGGCCGCGCACCUCCGGCCCGGGCUUCUUCCGCGGUUAAGGCUUUUAACUAGUCCUGGUUAAACAUCACCGGCGCGCCAUUUGAGUUCCCCGCCUCCCGCCGGUGACGCCAUGACUACACUCACAAACAUUAUAUUCUAUCUUCAGACAGGUGUAUAUCUCUGUGAGUGUGAGAAUUUUCUAAUUUUGCAUAUCUGAAAUUGACAAAUGUAUAACAAUUAGCUUUACAGAUACUAGGAAAACCCUGAGAAUCAAAAGUUUUCAGGGAGAUGUCAUAGUCUCUGACUGCAUAUAUCUAUAAUGGAAGAAUAAUAAUAAUAAUAAGUAU